GAUGUUGAUUGGUGAAAUGAUGGCUGUUAUACUGGACAAGUUUGCUAUAUAAGAACACUACCCGGGAGUGGAUAUCAUACGACUUGGGUAGUGCAUCUCAAGGGAAAAAAAUCAAGAAAGAUGAAGAUUUUCCUAUCUUCUCUGGUGUUGGCAUGCUUUGUGUCUGCUUUUGGUCGAGAGACUUGCAUUUCGGAUCCUCCAAAAGAGGAAGCCAUUGAUGGUGAAACAGCAAAACAAUCCGAAGAGAUUCAGUUUGCAAUUUCGAAAGCUUUGGCAGAAGAUGCUGAAGUCAAUGUGGCAGUGAAUGCACUCAUCGCGGAGAGGAGGCUGCAGUCGCCGGAAAAGAAACCUGCGUUCCAGUAUAUCGACACAUGUCCCAAGAAACUAAACUACAUCACGGGUGUGAAAGUACACAUUGGAUUGGGAGACGUCCAGAAAUGUUAUGUUGUCCAUCCUUUCUCACAAAGAGUGACAUAUGCAUCUUGCUCUCCAAGUUCGUGUUACGAGGCCUCCACCUUCAAGAGCCGAUGUAUCCGUACCGGAUGGACAAGACUCCAAUUUUGGGUGUGGUGUCCUAAAUGUGGAUUCAAACUGAUCGCCAGGUGGUACCCACAAUGCUGUUCGUGCUACCGAUGGAAAUAUUGUUUUCAAGAGGCAAACGAAGAAUUAGGGCCUGCGAAAUCUUGAAAUCACGUGAUAUUCAAACGAAGAAAUAAGGCAAUAGCCUAAGUUUAUAUUCGUGAACUCUUGAAUUACAUUUGAAAUUAAAAUAAAGAGAUUCAAUGUAUUUUUAAAUUACAUGUGUUUCGUGAUUUUUCCGAAUAAUCUUCUUUUCAAUGAUAAAAACCUAGUGUUUUCUGAAUAAAAUGUUCUCUACAGUU